AUGAAGUGUGUGGGCAGCGAGAGCCACCUGGGGGCAAAUAAGCUGUUCAUAAUAAGCCACACUGAUGUCUUUCAACUGUCAGGUGCCGACGAUCCACCAGCCCUGACUCCUGUCCCCGAGUCUGAAGAUGCUUCCUCUGUGCACACACUCACAGAGGCCUGGGUGGCUGUGAGGCUGGUGGGUGGUCCAGGGAGAUGCUCAGGCCGCGUGGAAGUUCUGGUCCAGGACACGUGGGGCACCGUGUGUGACGACCUCUGGGACCUGGCUGAGGCUGCCGUCAUGUGCCGCCCGCUGGAGUGUGGCCAGGCUGUGGCGGCCCCCACGAGGGCCCACUUUGGGGCAGGUUCUGGGAAGAUUGCGCUGGACGACAUGCAAUGUGUGGGCAGUGAGAGCCACCUGGGUCAGUGUGUACACGGGGGCGAGGCUGGGCACAACUGUGGGCACCUGGAGGACGCCAGCAUUGUCUGCACAGCCUAUGAGAACCUACUUCCCACGUCACCGGCAACAUUGGUGGCCCAAAACCCACCUGCUUCAGCGCCUCCAGGAGGCUGGGCCCCCAUGCGGCUGGCGGGCGGCCACGGGAGCUGCGCCGGCCGCGUGGAGGUUUUCUACCAGGGUGCCUGGGGGACAGUGUGUGACGACCUCUGGGACCUGCCGGAAGCAAACGUUGUCUGCCGGCAGCUGGGCUGCGGCUGGGCCAUGGAGGCCCCGGGCGAGGCCCACUUUGGGGAAGGUUCCGGGAAGAUCCUCCUGGACAACAUGCAGUGCAGGGGGCAUGAAGAGCGCCUGGACGAGUGCUCCCACACUGGCUGGUUUGCCCACAACUGCGGACACGGGGAGGAUGCUGGCGUGGUCUGUUCAGGUCCCCCUUUGGAUGUCAUGGCAGAGACGGAGGCUGCAGGAAAAUCUCAGUGUGGCAGAAUCAUUACUAACUCAUCUGGAGCCAUCAGGAAUCCCCCUCGGAACAAAAUGCAUGACAACAUAACGUGUGUGUGGGAAAUCAGAGCCAACGCAUCUGACCACAUACGACUGGCGUUUCCAUACCUUAACUUAGACUGCACCAAUGAGUAUUUUGAAAUCCUGGACGGCCCUCCAUCCUCAGCAAAGUCCCUGGGGAAGACCUGCUCUGGAACCUAUCUCACCUACUCGUCGUCCUCCAGCUCCCUGACGCUCGUGUACUACCGAAGCUACAACAACAUAGGGAAAAACUUCGCAGCAUAUUAUUACUCCGAAGCCAAAGACGCUGUUUCACAGACCCCACAUUUAAUCACGAUCCCAACAGCAACACCCAGAAUGGUAACAGCAAGACCAGGGGACUGGCCAGAGCUGCGGCUGGUGGGCGGCUCAGGACGCUGCUCAGGACGCGUGGAGGUCCUGCAUCGGGGGGCCUGGGGCACCGUGUGUGACGACCUGUGGGACCUGAACGAAGCCGAGGUCGUGUGCCGGCAGCUGGGGUGCGGUCGGGCCGUGUCCGCCCUCGGGAAGGCCCACUUCGGCCCGGGCUCUGGAGACAUCUUCCUGGAUAACCUGCAAUGCGCCGGGGCGGAGCGCUACCUGGGCCAGUGUGCCCACUCGGGCUGGUCGGAGCACAACUGUGGCCACCACGAGGAUGCUGGGGUCAUCUGCUCAGGUAGCCUCUCCUCCUCCCGCCGGUCACCACCCAAGUGCCUCAGGACCACCCUGCUAGAAUUCAGAGCCCCUCUGUCUGCAGGAGACUGGCCAGAGCUGCGGCUGGUGGGCGGCUCAGGACGCUGCUCAGGACGCGUGGAGGUCCUGCAUCGGGGGGCCUGGGGCACCGUGUGCGACGACCUGUGGGACCUGAAUGAAGCCGAGGUCGUGUGCCGGCAGCUGGGGUGCGGUCAGGCUGUGUCCGCCCUCGGGAAGGCCCACUUCGGCCCGGGCUCUGGAGACAUCUUCCUGGAUAACCUGCAAUGCGCCGGGGCGGAGCACUACCUGGGCCAGUGUGCCCACUCGGGCUGGUCGGAGCACAACUGUGGCCACCACGAGGAUGCUGGGGUCAUCUGCUCAGAUUCAAAAGACCUGCCUCCUCCCACACCUCCAGCAGGUCCACCCACAUCUCAGGAUCAUGUAACAGGAGAAAGGAACUCUUGUGGAGGGGUCAUUUCUAGUCUCUCUGGCUCAUUUUCCAGUCCACUGUAUCCGGAAAACUACCCAACAGACAUCCAGUGUGUGUGGGAGAUCCAUGUGGAUAAGAAGUUCCGCAUAGAACUCAUGAUUCCAACUCUGAAAUUGGAAGAUAUCCUUGGAUGUCCGUCCGACUCAGUAGAAAUCUUCGAUGGCCCCAGGAUCGCCUCACUCUCCAUGGGGAAGUUCUGUGCCUCAGCGGCUGUGAUGUUUUUCUCCUCCUCUGACAUCCUGACUGUGGUGUUCCGAAGUGAUUCCAUGAUCACCAACACUGGCUUUUAUGCUCUGUUCAAUGCGAUACCCCAGGGCAGAAGAGAGUCAGAUGAGCCAGAGCUGCAGCUGGUGGAUGGUUCUGAAUGGUGCUCCGGACGUGUGGAAAUCCUGCACCAGGGAGCCUAGAGUCAGGCUCACUUCCCUCACACUGUGUGUGACGAACUGUGGGACCUGAAUGAAGCAGGGGUCGUGUGCUGGCAGCUGGGGUGCGGUCGGGCCAUCGCUUCCCCAGGAAAGGCCCACUUCAGCCUGGGCUCUGAAGACAUCCUCCUGGACAACCUGCAGAGUUCGGGGAGCAAGAGCCACCUUGGCCAGUGCCCCAGUUCCGGCUGGUCAGACCCCAGCUGUGGUCACCAUGAGGAUGCUGGCGUUGUCUGCUCAGCUACCUACGUGACUCCUGCACCCCCAGGAGGAAGUAGCUCCUGUGGGGGUGUCAUUUCAAGUCUGUCAGGAUCCUUCUCCAGUCCCCGGUACCCAACCAACUACCCCACUGACGUGGAGUGUGUCUGGGUGAUCCACCUGGCCGAGAAGUACCGUGUAGAGCUGACGAUCCCCACCCUGAAGUAA